GAGCUUGGGCCCUCUUCACGGCCUCAGCCUCAGGGUAGAGGCACAGACAACAUUGUUUAAUGGCCUCAGAAGAACGAAAAGUAAUAUUGAGUCUAUUCAUCUUGAAUUUUUUGAUAAUCGUGUAAUAAAGUAGCUAGUGGCCGUGUUCAAUUUUAUAAAAAAAUAUUAUAAAAUGCAUCUUCAUGAACACCAAACAUUGUUUGUGAUGAGUUUUCUUAAUAUUAUUUUAUCCCCAUCAGUUCUACCUGGAGCUAAUGACUUGCAUUUCCAUGAUGGGACAUCUUCGGCGGACAUUAUAUCAGGGGAUGUAUUUUUUGAAAUAGUAGACCCUCUUGAACUGCGAUAUUCAUAUCGCAUCAGACCAGCUAAGGAUUUUGGAGCAACAUUUAAUGAAAGCUUAUCGUUUCGAAAUGCACUCUUAGUGCCUACAAUACCAUUACACAGCUGUUCAGAUAUAGUGAAUCAUGAAGAUAUAGUGGGGCAUAUCGCACUAUCUGAAAGAGGAGAAUGCUCUUUUGUUUACAAGGCAGCUAAAGCCCAACAGGCUGGGGCCAGAGCAGUGAUUAUUACAGAAUUUAUAGACAAAGGUGAUGACUCACUAGAUCAUUUAAUUGAGAUGGUUGAUGAUAAGAUGGAUUUGGAUGUAAACAUUCCAGCAGCUUUUCUGCUUGGUAGAAGUGGAGCAACCAUUCUACGAACCCUCAGAAAGCUUCACAGGAGGGCAGCUAUCAUCAAUCUACCUAUAAAUAUGACGCAUGUGCCAAUCAACAAAAUGAAACAACCUCCAUGGAUUGCGUGGUGACAACACUAAAUCGUAGGCAGCAAAAUUACUAUAUUACUUAAUCCAUUUGCUGUAAGCAUUGUCAAAGUAGGGAUGAUGUCUAAAUUUCUAUCAGACAUCAGAAAGUAUUGGACAAGUAUUUUUCUUAAUUUACAUAGUCAAAAUAUUACAGGGAUAUAUUGAUUUCAAACGUCCAUCUUCUUCGACCCCCACUCUCAGUUUAGUUAGUUUAGUUUAAAUUUAAACGAUGAAGUUUACUAGAAAAAAAACCACGCGGACUAGGCAGGAGGCGGGAUUCGAACACGUACCCUUCGCUAUCCGGGCGGUACGGUCUGCUGCCUAGUCCGCGUGUUUUUUUUCUAGUAUACUUUUCUUAAGAUUUAAACAUCUGGCAGAUAAAUGCUUAAAAAAUAAAAACAACUAGUUUAGUUUUGUUUUUCCGGACGGUUUCCGCACUUAGCCUUUCAAGACCCGCAAAAUGGUCCAAUAAUUAGUUAUUGUACCAUUGUGCGUGUCUCGAAACAUUCCCGUUUACUCCAGCCAUCCUAUAUUAGUCCAGAAGGAAGCAGCCUUGGCAGACUGCUGCAAGCUUCCGGAACCGAUUCUGACGACUGGAGAAGUCGUGCCCGUUGGUCGGCCACACUCCUGCAUUCCAUGAUGAUAUGCUGUGGCGUUUCUUCUGCCUCCAUGCAUCCUCUGCAUAGGGGGCUGUCUGUUACUCCUAUUGUAUAUAGGUGUUUGUUAAGGGGACAAUGACAAGUCAGGGUUCCUAUAAUCUUGCGAAGUUUGUUCUUAUUCGUAUUUUUUCAAAUGCCUCCCGCUCUUUUUUUUUCUUUUGCACUGGUAAUAACAAUAUUAAAGAAAAUGAUCGUGAGGUACUUGAAAUCCUUCGGCAGUCAGAAAUAACAAAAUGAAAUCGUAAGCGAUAACCAUAGCAAACCCCUUAGGCAAUUGGCCCCCAGGUCUAGGGGCCUUAUUCAGGAGGUACUUUAAUGCAUGCAAUGGAUUUGUUCUCAUUAGCCCCCCAAUCUCACUCUUUGAUGCGCUUUAACUUUGUAAUUUUUUGGUAGAUUGACGAGAAAAAAAAGUGUCCAAUAUUUCUUGAUAAUCUAACUGACGGACUAAAGAGAAUUUUAUUUACUUUACCUAGUCAUCAUCCCUAUUGUGUAACCAUUAUACCAGCUUCGCCUAUGGUUUGUGUGGCAUUGGUUUUCACACCAAUAAUAAUCUAAAUGUUACAUUAAUAUGCAGGCAAAUUAUAUUUACACGUUAUAUUCAAUAACUCUUCCGAGCCAAGGCAAACCAAACUACCUCUAUUUUACAUGCUGGAGAUAGCCAAGGUUGAAAGUUCAACAACUAGCAUACUACUACAUCAUAAAUAACAUUAUGUUCGGUAAUAUCUUUUUAUGAUCCUAAUCUGGGAACAAAUUGUUCAGCUUCUUUUCUGUCGCUAUUGAUCGACAUAAUUCGGAGAAAAACAUUAUAAAAUAGAUACGUUGGUGUCGAUUCUGGCAUGAUUCUCUAAAUCUAAACUUAAAUUUGGCAACAGGCUUUCCUUGUCACGCUGUAUAAAGAAUGAAAAGAAGAAACAGAUGUUAAAUUUAGUAUUAAGUUUAGAAAAUCAUGCCAACUAUCGAUACAAUUUUAUCCAUGAACGAUAAAAAAGUUAUCCUAGAUCUGACUUUUGAGAUUAUCUUUUCUAGAUUAGAGAAGAAAGUAUUAAAAUUCUACCUAACUUACUUUUCGUCUCUCGGCAAUAAAAAAAAGUCAAAUUUUCAUCUGUUUUUUUUACUAGGACAGCCAUCCACUUAACAAUAUUUACGUGGUUUCGGCAUUUUGAUAUUCAGCGCGUUAAAUGUGGCGUGCGAGCACUCAGGCGAGCGUGCGGCAAUCCACUGUGGGCAGUGUUGCCGUUGUACAAAUUAAGUCUCCAGUAAUAUAAAAUAUUCUGCUAGGUAUUGGUAAAUAUUUUUAUUUAAUCCGCUAGAAGUCGCUAAAUCGUAAUUCUGACGCGCUGAAGUCCGCGAACUCAUAACUUAGGGUUUUUCAGUGAACGCCGAUCGUCUGAUUUUGGCAAAUAUUUUAAUUUUUCGGAUAAAGAACAACAAAUCAUAAUCAAAUAUUUAUUCAAAAAUCACACCAAACAAUCUGGUUAUAAAAAAACUGAAACUUACAUUUUCUAACAAUUACAUACUUUACGGCUCAGCUUUCCAUUAGCCGUGGUUGAGUUGAGAGCUGAAAUUUUUGUCACGCAAAGUAUUAAUUAUUAGAAACACGUACACGAAAUCUUUUUAGGCGGGAACGAAUAGAACUCGAGAAAAAAAUGAAUGAAAAUUUAUGUUUUUGUAGGUUAAGAGUCAAUUAUGACAGCAAUUUUGAUCAGUGCUGCCAUUUUUUCAUGCAAAAAUAACAUGUUUCUCGUUGUAUAAUUAUGGUAAAAAUAAGUUUAUUAUGUUGUUACUAUUGUCAAAAUGUGACAAUUUACCGCCAUUUUGUGUUUGUUUUGAGAUUCGUCGGGCAGUCUUUGUGUUCUUUGGUAAAAAUUAUAUUUGCUAUUAUUUACUUGAUAAACAGUGUUACCAACCCUUACCAAAAAUUUACCCUAAGUAUUUUUUAAAAUCCCCUAAA